AUGGCAGCGCGUCGGUUGGCAAACCUCGAGAAGACGCUAUCGUCGAAGCCUGAGAUUCGCACGGCAUACAACGGUGUCAUCUCCUCACACCUCAGCAAGGGUUACAUCCGCCAGGUGCCGGACGCGGAGGUACUGGCCGACAAAUCUGACCAGUGGUUCCUGCCACACUUCCCGAUCGUCCGUCAAGACAAGAGGACGACCAAAGUGAGAGUCGUGUUCGACACAGCGGCAUCCUGGGCCAGACACAACAUCAACUGCGACAUGCACGCCGGCCCGAAACUGCAGAACGACAUCGUUCACAUCUUGCUGCGCUUCUCGGCAGAAUCCGUCGCACUCGUGGGGACAUCAGCGAAAUGUUCCUGCGAUGCAACCAACGAGCUGUGCAAGUACGAGUUCAAUCGCCUCGUCUUCGGGCUGAAGUCGUCGCCAUACCUGGCCGGACGGGCAUUGUUGCAGACAGCUUACGACUUCUCGUCUGAUGUCACGGCGAGCGCAGACCUCGUGAAGCUGGUGGAGGACAGUUUCAACUUCGACGACACGCUUCACUCGUUCCCAACCGAAGCGGCUGCCCUGGACGCGCAGCAGGGUCUCACAGAGCUGCUCGGGAAGAGUGGAUUCCGGUUACGCAAGUGGUUCAGCAACUCACCCAGCGUGUUGCAAGCAAUCCCUGAAGAGGACAGAGCACCGCUAGCAACCGUGGACGUGAGCAGCGACGCACACUGCACCUUGCCGUCGUCGAAGACGCUGGGCAUCACAUGGCUGGCAGACAGGGACCAGUUCACCUUCGUCUACCACCCACGGGCAGAGACCCAGAAGUUGACGAAGCGUGCCGCACUGCGGAAGGUUGCGACCAUCUUCGAUCCUCGAGGUCAGCUGACACCAUUCACAAUGCGAGCGCGAGUCCUCUUCCAAGAGCUGUGCAUCCUCGGCUACGAGUAG